UGCGGCGCAACCGAACUCCCGCUUUGCUGACGUCGCUCGCCCUUUUUGGAGCGGCACCUAGCGCGGCCAACGGGACGCAAGCGCCGCUCUCGAGGCGGCCAGUAGGGAGACGGGGGUCGAGAAAAGGGGCGGGACUUGGGCGCACGCCAAUUUCGUCGCCCUCCCGCCUCAGCCUUCGUUUGUUGUUGUUUCGCGCGCCAUUUUCUCUCGCGGCGGAGCGGGGCCUGGAGGAGGCCAUGGCGCCGCUGCUAGGCCGCAAGCCCUUCCCGCUGGCCAAGCCGCUCUCCCCGCCGUCGCCGGGGGAGCCGCCCGAGGAGCGCUUCGUCGUGGCCCACACCAGGGAGGCCUUCCGCUCCAGAGAAGAGUACGAGGCCCGGCUGGAGAAGUACGGCCAGCGGAUCUGGACCUGCAAGAGCACCGGCAGCAGCCAGCUGACCCACAAAGAGGCCUGGGAGGAGGAGCAGGAAGUGGCCGAGCUCUUGAAGGAGGAAUUCCCCGUCUGGUACGAGAAGCUGGUCCUGGAGAUGGUCCACCACAACACCAUCUCCUUGGAGAAGCUGGUCGACUCUUCCUGGCUGGAGAUCAUGACCAAGUUUGCGGUGGGAGAAGAGUGCGACUUUGAGGUGGGGAAGGAGAAGCUCCUGCGGGUGAAGGUGCUGACCGUCCACCCGCUGGAGCCGCCCACGGAGGAGGAGGCCUCGGCGGUGGCCGCGGCCGCGGAGAAGAAGGCGGAGGGGGCCUGCGACUCCCCCUCCAGCGACAAGGAGAACUCCGGCCAGGCCUUGACGGACCUCCCCAAGGAGCCGGCCCUCAAGGAGGAGGACCCCGCCACCGGCAGGAGGGAGAGCCUGAACGACCGGGCGCGCCGAUCCCCUCGGAAGCUCCCAACCUCGCUGAAGAAAGACGAGCGGAAGUGGGUCCCCCCCAAGUUCCUGCCCCACAAGUACGACGUCAAGCUGCAGAACGAGGACAAGAUCAUCAGCAACGUCCCGGCGGAGAGCCUGGUGCGGACGGAGCGGCCGCCCAACAAGGAGAUCCUGCGCUACUUCAUCCGCCACAACGCGCUGCGGGCCGGGAUGGGCGAGAACGCCCCCUGGGUGGUGGAGGACCACCUGGUCAAGAAGUACGGCCUGCCCAGCAAAUUCAGCGACUUCUUGCUCGACCCCUACAAGUAUUUGACGCUGAACCCUUCGACCAAGCGGAAGAGCGCCUCCUCGUCCUCGUCGUCGGAGCGCCGCCCCCCCAAGAAGGCCAAGGCGGGCGAGGGCGGUGGGGCCCCCUCCCCGGGGCUGUGGUGCGGGGGCCCCGCCCUGAAGAAACCCUCGGGGACGCCGCUGAAGCUGAAGAACGCCAAGGCCCCCAAGACGCCGGCGGAGGAGCUGGAGGAGGUCAUGCGCCUGGUGUCGACGGGGAAGCUGGGCCCCGGGAAGCGCGGCCCGAGGGGGAAGCGGCUGCUGAACGGGCAGAAGGCGGCCGGGCGCUCGCCCCGCAAGGAGGCCUCGUCCUCCAAGAGGAAGCUGAAGCAGAUGACCUUGCUGGACAUGGCGGCCAAGGGCCGGCCGGGGAAGGUGCCCUCGUCGGCGUCGGCGUCGGCGUCGUCCUCUCCGCGGGGCGGGAAGCCCUCCAAGCGCCUCCCUCCGGCCGCGCUGCACCUGAUCGCCUACUACCGGGAGAACAAGGGCCGGGAGGAGCGCAAGAGCGCCCUGUCCUGCGUGGUGUCCAAGGCGGCGCGUCUGCUCUCGGCCGAGGACCGGGCCCGGCUGCCCGAGGAGCUGCGGGCGCUGGUGCAGAAGCGCUUUGAGCUGCUGGAGCACCGCAAGACCUGGGCGGCCAUGAGCGAGGCGCAGCGGCAGGCCUUCCUGGCCGAGAAGCGGGAGCGGCUGAAGGAGAAGCUGAAGGCCAAGGCGCGGGAGCGGCGGGAGCGCGAGACCCGGGAGCGGCUGGAGAAGCAGCGGCGCUUCGAGGACCAGGCCCUGCCGGCGGGGGCCCCGCUGCCGGCCUUCCGCCUGGUGGACACCCCCGAGGGCCUGCCCAACGCCCUCUUCGGGGACGUGGCCAUGGUCACCGAGUUCCUCAGCUGCUACUCGGGGCUGCUCCUGCCCGACGCCCAGCACCCCGUCACGGCCGCCUCGCUGAUGGAGGCCCUGUGCGCCGAGCGGGGAGGCUUCCUCUACCUGAACCGCAUCCUGGUGGUGCUGCUCCAGACGCUGCUCCAGGACGAGAUCGCCGAGGACUACCUGGAGCUGGGCAUGAAGCUCUCCGAGAUCCCGCUCACCCUGCACUCCGCCUCCGAGCUGGUGCGCCUCUGCCUGCGCAAGUCCGACGCCCAGGAGGAGAGCCACGCCAGCGCUAGCGCCCCCGAGGAGGGGCCCCCCGCCACCGCCCCCCCCGCCUUCGAGGACGACGAGGUGCGCGACGAGUUCCUGGAGAAGCUGGAGUCGGCCGAGUUCUUUGAGCUGGGCUGCGAGGAGAAGCUGCAGAUCCUGGUGGCGCUCUGCCACCGCAUCCUCAUGACCUACUCGGUGCAGGACCACGUGGAGUCCAAGCAGCAGGCCUCGGCCGAGCUCUGGAAGGAGCGCCUGGCCGUGCUCAAGGAGGAGAACGACAAGAAGCGCGCCGCCAAGCAGAAGCGCAAGGAGAUGGGCAACGGCACCGCCGCCGCCGCCACGGCCGAGGGGAAGAAGAAGGCAGCCCCGCCGGCCGAGGAGGCCAAGGGCACCAAGGCCGAGGCCAGGCCCCCCGCCACCGAGGCCGAGGACAUGAUCAGCACCGUCAAGAGCCGCCGGCUGCAGGCCAUCCAGGCCAAGAAGGAGCGGGAGCAGCAGGAGAUGCAGAUGCGGGUGAAACUGGAGCGGGAGGCGGAAGAGGAGCGUGUCCGCAAGCACAAGGCCGCGGCCGAGAAGGCCUUCCAGGACGGCAUCGCCAAGGCCCGGCUGGUCAUGCGCAGGACGCCCAUCGGCACUGACCGCAACCACAACCGGUAUUGGCUCUUCUCGGACGAGGCUCCCGGGCUCUUCAUUGAGAAGGGUUGGGUGCAUGAUGGGAUCGAUUAUUGCUUUACGCCUCCUAAGGAGGAAGAAGAAGAGGAAGAUGAGGAGGAAGAGGAAGACUACCAGCAAGGCUCCCGACGGGAGGCGCUGGGGGCAGGCCGGGUCCCGAAUCUCCUUCCGGCCCCAGAGAUCCCUGUGGAGACCACGGUGCCCAAACAGGGCCAGAACCUCUGGUUCCUGUGCGACAGCCAGAAGGAGCUGGACGAGCUGCUGUGCCGCCUCCACCCGCAGGGCAUCCGGGAGAGCCAGCUGCAGGAGCGCCUGCAGAAGCGAUACCCGGACAUCGUGCACUCCAUCCACUUGGCCCGGAAGCAGAACCCGGGCCUCAAGACCUGCGACGGCCACCAGGAACUGCUCAACUUCCUGCGCAGCGACCUCAUCGAAGUGGCCACCCGGCUGCAGAAGGGUGGCCUGGGCUACGUGGGCGAGGGCGAGUUCGAGGCUAGGGUGAGCUCCCUGGAGAGCCUGCGGGACUUUGGGGAGUGCGUGGUGGCCCUCCAGGCCAGCGUGAUCAAGAAGUUCCUGCAGGGCUUCAUGGCCCCCAAGCAGAAGCGGAGGAAGCCCCCCGCCGAGGACGCCCCCCCCACCGCUGCUCCCCCCUCCGCCGCCACCGCCAAGACCGAGGAGGUGGACGAGGAGAAGCGCGUGGCCGAGGAAGCCAAGGUGGCGUCUGCGGUGGAGAAGUGGAAGGGGGCCAUCCGUGAGGCGCAGACCUUUUCCCGGAUGCACGUGUUGCUGGGGAUGCUGGACGCCUGCAUCAAGUGGGACAUGUCGGCCGAGAACGCCCGCUGCAAGGUCUGCCGCAAGAAAGGCGAGGACGACCAGCUGAUCCUGUGCGACGAGUGCAACAAGGCCUUCCACCUCUUCUGCCUGCGCCCCGCCCUCUACGAGGUCCCCGAGGGGGAGUGGCAGUGCCCCGCAUGCCAGCCCUCCGUCGCCCGCCGCAGCUCACGAGGACGGAACUACGCGGAAGACUCGGUGGAAGAGGAGAGCGAGGCCGGCGAGGAGGAGGAGGAGGAAGACGAGGAGGAAGAGGAGGAGGAGGAGGAGGAAGAGGAGGACUACGAGGUGGCCGGCCUAAAACUGCGUCCCCGCAGGGCAGCCAAGGGCAAGCAGGGGGGCCCGGCCGCCGACCCGCCCCGGCGAGGGCGCCACCAGGGCCGGAAGCGGGCUCCCAACGCCACCCGGGCCUCGCGACAACAACAGCAACAGCAGCAGGCGGACAUCGAGGCGGACAUUGAUGAGCUGGUGCUGCAGACCAAGAAGGUGUCCCGGCGCCAGAGCCUGGAGCUGCAGAAGUGCGAGGAGAUCCUCAACAAGCUGGUCAAGUACCGCUUCAGCUGGCCCUUCAGGGAGCCGGUGACCACGGAGGAGGCGGAGGACUACUUUGAGGUGAUUGCCAGCCCCAUGGACUUCCAGACCAUGCAGAGCAAGUGCUCGUGCGGGGGGUACGCCUCGGUGGGGGACUUCCUGGCGGACGCCAAGCGCGUCUUCUCCAACGCCGAGGCCUACAACCGCAACGGGAGCCCCGUCCUGGCCUGCCUGGAGAAGACCGAGCAGUGCCUGGCCGACAUGCUGCGCAAGCACCUCCCGGGCCACCCCUACGCCCGGCGCAGGCGCAAGGCCGGCCCCAACGGACUCCCCGGCGGCGGGGGCCGGGGCUCCGACAGCGACCCCGAGGACGCCGGCGCACCCGUGCGCGGGCGGAAGAGGAAGAAAUGAGCGCUCUUGCGGAGGAGUGGAGGAGCCGUCGUGGCGGAGGGAGGUCCCACGGGUGAGUGUGGGCCCCGCGGUCCCGAACCCAUGCGUCCGCCAGCACUUACCGUCACCAGCAUCUCUGUGUCUCUCUCGGACCCCCCCUCUUUUUCCCCGACGUUUGUGUACAAAACAAAAAAAAAAGCAACCCACACUCCCCUCCUUGUAUAUAUAAACCAUCGUACGCGCUGUACAGUUUGUAACGGGGGGAACGGGCCCCGUGUCCCCCCUUUUUUGUAGUCUCUGGACACACCAAGGCCCCCCGUUUUAGCCCCCCGGCUUCUCUCUCGGAUGUUUCUUCGGGGACACAAUAGGACUCCUUCUUUUAUAUAAAAGGAUUGUUUUUUGGGGAUUUGGGGGGGGGGCAGAGGGAGGGGUGG